GAUAACACAGAGGGAGGGAAACAUCUCCUCUGCAGAAACCUGCACAUUACGUCUUUUUUUACUCACAGAAGGAAGGAGUUACUGCUCCAUCUGUUUUAUUUGCUUUUAUUUGCAUUUCAGGAAAUGGCAUUUUCAUGCAACGAUAAAAUGGUUGAUUAGGGUACACCUCUGCCGCCUGUGAAGACAUCUAAUCAAGCUCUGGAUAUUCGUCUACAGUCAGGCCUGUUCUUGUGAAUCUGCCUGUUGUUAAAUGAAGUAGACCGCAAUGCUGUCAAAGAAGGAGAAGCAGCUAAUUAAGCAAAUAUGGGAAAGGCUGACUCCUGUGGCCGAAAACAUUGGGGCCGAGGCACUUCUUAGGAUGUUUGCUUCUUAUCCAGGUACCAAGACAUACUUUUCCCACCUAGACAUCAGUCCUGGCUCCUCCCACCUGUUCUCUCAUGGGAAGAAGAUUGUACUGGCCAUAGCAGAAGGAGCCAAAGACAUCAGCCAGCUGACCGUCACCCUGGCUCCGUUGCAGACUCUACAUGCCUACCAGCUCCGGAUAGACCCGACCAACUUCAAGCUGCUCUCACACUGUAUGCUUGUCACUCUGGCCUGUUACUUGGGCGAAGACUUCACCCCGGUUGCACACGCCGCGAUGGACAAAUUCCUUUCGGCUUUCGCAGCCGUGCUCGCCGAGAAAUACAGAUGAGAACCAACCUUGUUGUUUCAUAACAUAUGCCAUUCAGUAUGAUAUAUAUGAGUAUGUCUUAUUAUUGUUAUCAUGUAUUGUUUUGGGAUAAUAAAAGUGUAUCAUCCACUUGCUCUUCCUUUGACUGUCUGAAUGUGUUAUGCCUCUUUACUCACAGCUGCAUGAACACUAUAGUGUUAUAAUUUACAGCCCUUCAGUACUAACAAAGAUCUAAUGUGAAGGUGAGGUUGGUUGUGUCAGAGCUGAGCAACAGUGCCCCCAUCUGUUGAAAUGUUUGAAUUACACAAUGUACCACUUGGUGUAUCCAUUAGAAAGUUAGAUAUCUUAAUAUUGAUAAUAAUUUGACUAUGUUGUAUUAAUUCUGACAUUGUUUCAAAAAUAUUAUUGCCUUAGCUCUGAUGGUAUUCUUUCUCAAGCAGUUACACACUUUUUUGUAAUUGUAAAAAUAAAAUCGUAAACUGAAAUUCCGAAGCAGUACUAGCUGGCACUGUGUGGAUGAGAGUUUGAAGAGUAACUGUAUUAACAUUCAAAAAUAGUAUUAUUACUCUAAUGUCUAAACUUUUAUGUCUUGGUUUUACAAUAAAUUCAAUAAAUACAA